AAUGGAUUCCAAAGAACAUUGGAAAACCAAAUAUGAAGAAAGUGAAAAGAAAUUAAAUACAUUAAAAGAUCUAGCAAACGCUGGGGUUACUGACUAUGAGAGUCUUUUGGCAAAGUAUAAUGAAAAUUAUGAAAUACAUCAAAAAGUUUGUACAAGGUUGGAGGAUACGGAAAAGAAAUUACAGCAAUUACAAACUGUCGCUGAACCAGCUAUCGAAGCAUUUAUGCAGUUAAAAACUAGGCAUGAAAUUGAGGAAGAAUGUCGUAGAAAAGCGGAAAAUUACGCCAGUCAGGUUUAUAAAGAAAAUAAACAAUUAAAGCGUCAAAGUGCUUUAUUACUGCAACAUGUUGAUAAUAGUCAACUCUCGAUAGUUGAGUUAGGAAAUCUUACUGAUAAAAAUGAAACUGAAGACCAUGUUCCUGAUAAUCGACAUCUCAAUAUUCUUAUCGAAGAUCUAAAAGACCAGCUAGCAAAAAAAGAUGCCGAAUUUCGAGUUAUUGACAAUGAGAGAUCUCAUUUAUAUCAACAAUUGCGAGCAAUGUCUAAUGAAAGAGAUCAAUUAAAACAAAGUGAAGAUACUUUAAAGAAAACGUUAGAUCAUGUUUCGAGCUUGUCCAAGAAGGCUGCUAAACAGUACGAAGAAUUGGAAGAGAGAUAUCUUCGAGAGACUGAAUUGAAAGAAGAAAUUGCAAAGAGAAGUGUUCAUCUUAAAGCCGAAAGAGACUCUAUUGUUAGACAAAGCGCUCACAUUCUCCUUGAAGCGUCAAAGGAUGAACAAUUACAAAAAGCCCUUUUUGAAAAUGAUAAUUUAAUACUACGUUUAGAAGAGUUAAAACAACAAAAAGAGAAAGAAAUAAGUGAAUUGAUGGAAAAGUUGGAUAAGAGUCGGGAAAGGAAAGAAAUUAAUGAUCUUAAAAUGGUUAUUGAAACUUGCGAACAAGAAAAUAACUUAUUAAGAAAAGAUUUGAAAAGUCUUGAAACAAAUUGUGUAUCGCUCGAAAAUGAAAAAGAUCAAUGUAUAAAAGAAAUAAACUAUCUAAAAAAAUUAGUUCAAGCCAGCCAAAGUCAUAACAAGGCACUUAGAAAAGAAUCAACAAGCUCACUUAAUGAAAUUCAUAUUAUAGAUUCGCCAGAUACAAAUAUUACUAUCAAUAAUCAUACAGACAAUCAAGCUGACACUUUACAAAAGCUUGUUACUUCCAUACAAACUUAUUUUAGAGAAAUAGAAGUAUACUUUUCAACCUCAAAUAAAAAUCCAGAUAAAAUCAUUGCUGAACUCUUCGAAAAUCAAAAGCAAUCUUUAACAAAACUAGAAAAUGAAUUAAAAGCGGAAGAGAGCAAGAAGAAGGAAAGUGAAAAGCAUCUAGAUAAAUUACAGAAAGAAAUUAUACAAUUAGAAAAAGAUUUAGAAGUUGCAAAUCAAAGGCUAAAAUCAAAUAUUCCAAUUCCACCUUUGCCUCCGCCACCUCCUAUUGCCAUAUUUAAGCCGUUGGUAGAUAUUAUCAAAGGUAACAAGAGUAAAAAGUCCUUGAAAACGAAUGAACCAGAAAGUAAACUUCAUAUGAAUGAUGCUAUCAAUGAGAUGAUGGAAAGGAUAAGAAGUGGAAAAACCUUGAAAAAAGUUACCAGAAGGAUGAAGCGAAGUAAAUCUCUUCCAAGUAAUAAUCUAAAGCCUCAAAGUUCGAAUAAUGAGAUUUUACGAAAUAAAAGAGGUAAUCUCAUAAAGCUUGAUGCCAUCGAUGAACAAAAUAACAACGAUGGAGAUGACAACUUCUCAGAAAGAAACAGUACUGAUCUGUAA